AUCUUUUUAUGUUAAUAUUCACAUGGACAUAAAUAUGACAGCAUCAUUUAGGAGCUGGUGUAUUUUAAAUUAAUUGGUUGAUGAAAUUUUUUCUUUCAAAAUUAAAAAAAAUUUCUAAAUACGACGUAAUAAUCCUGUGACGCAACAAAAUUUUAUCAAAUUUUAAUCUAAGGUGGACUAGGUAUAUUUAUAUUUAUAAUAUCAGCUGAUGCAUUGCAAUAACCACUUGUGAGUCGUUUCAUUUUUGUGUAAAUGAAUACUGAGCUGAAAAAAAAAUUUGUUAUUAUUUUCAUACUGUUUGGAUAAUAAUUUUACAUUGAAAAUAAAUGAAUUCGACAUGACAAUAAUUGUUGUGUUUUAUGAAAAAAAUUCCGACUGCAAGAAAACGAAAAGAAAAAAAUAUAGAAAUUUAUGAAUUUUUUUAAUUCUUUACGGAUUAUUAAUUAAAAUAUAAAUGUUAAUUUAUUGUUAUAAUCAUAGAUAAAAAAUGAAAGUAUCAAUGUCUACCAUAGCUUUUCUCAUUUUUAUCUUGAUGCUCUCAAUUUUUGUUGCCAAAGUAACUAAUUUAAUUGCUACAGACGUCGAAACGAAUGUAGAGACAAUUAAACCGAAAUAUUACGAUAUUGAUGAUUCUCCAGAUCAUCUUAUGUGGUUUUUGCAGAUCUCAGAUAUACACAUUAGUAUUUUUAAAGAUUACUCAAGAAUAACGGAAUUUAAAGAAUUUUGUGAUAUUACAGUUAGGACAAUAAAACCUGCUGUUGUAUUAGCAUCGGGCGAUUUAACUGAUGCUAAAACUAAGGAUGCAAUGGGAUCUAAACAAAUUUUAGAUGAAUGGGAGCACUAUAAAAGAAUACUUAAAGAGACUGAUGUUACAAAGAGAACUACUUGGCUCGAUGUUAGAGGAAACCAUGACAAUUUCAAUGUUAUAGCACUUAAUUCUUCAGAAAACUAUUACACAAAUUACUCAGUUCAAGGAAGAAAUCAUUCACGUUCUUAUAUACACCAAAUAUCGGCAAACAAGGAAAAAUUUUCUUUCAUUGCGAUUGACGCUUGUCUUGAUCCCGGACCAAGACGUCCAUUUAAUUUUAUUGGUCUUCUGGAUAAUAAGGAAGUUGAUCAUGUUAGAAAGCUCGCUCAAGAGUCUCGUCGUUUGAAUAGUAAUUAUAUUAUUUGGUUUGGACAUUAUCCUACAUCUUCUAUUUUGACCGAAGACACACGAAGUAUUCGAAACAUUAUGGGUGACUAUGGAGAAGGGUUGGUCUAUCUUUGUGGACACUAUCAUACUUUGGGUGGUACACUACCCGAAAUGUACACUCUUCAACAUGCUGGGUUUUUAGAAUUAGAGUUAGGAGAUUGGAAAGAUAAUCGUCUGUACCGCGUUGCUGCAGUAGACCAUGGACAAUUUUCUUUUAUUGAUGUCAAGCAUGGAGAUUGGCCUGUGAUAUUAAUUACUAAUCCUAAACAUGCUCUUUAUACAAUGCCAAGUAAAGAGAAUUUCGAGUCUAUUGUUAAAUCGACACAUAUAAGAGUUUUGGCAUUUUCUACGACACCUAUUGAAAAAGUUGAAAUAAAAAUUAAUGAUGAACCUUGGAUCGAUUGUAACCACAUUGAAGGACCACUUUAUACUAUCAAAUGGAAUCCAGCAUUGUAUAACAAUGGAAUACAAAUCAUACGUGCAAGGGUUGAAGAUAAAGAUGGUAAACAAAAAGAGAUAACACAACCGUUCGUAUUAGACGGAACUCGUUUAUCGUUCAAAUUACUGUCGAGAUUUAUUCUUAUGUCUAAUGCCACUACCAUAUUUGGAGUUGCAUUUGCCAUAAUGCACUUGCUGAAUAUUAUCCCGUUAUGUACGCUUCGUUUUUGUCAUAAGCUUUAUGAAUUGAGAAAAAUCAAUAGACCUCGAAUUAAAAUAAAUAUAAUUAGAUGGUUAAUCAAAAAGUUUUGGAUUCUUUCAACAGUGGAUCGAUUAUUCUAUCCUUUAAUUUUUUAUACACUAUACCUAGCAAUAGGACCAUGGGCUAUUGGAGAAAUAAUAGAUGAUCAUGUUGGUGUAAUAUUUGCGUGGGGAAUGUUUAUAAAAAAUGCAUACUUACCAGGGUCGUUUACCUACGCUUAUGGAUUUUUCCAAUUGUUAUCAUUCCAUAUGCCUUUAACAAUACUUUUGGCUCAUAGAAUUGAUAAACGAUUUGACGAGUUUGAUAGACCAUCACGAAAAUCUUCAAGUAUAUUUAAUAUCUUUUGGGCAAACUUACCAUUUCUGGUAUUAAUCAUGAUGCAAACCAGUAUGACGUACUUCUUUUGGCUGGCUUAUGGAACUUUGGCUACUAUUCUGUGUCCUCUUAGAACGUGGAGUAUAAUUUUAGCACUCGUGCUAUGGUACCAAGUUUAUACACUACCAAAUCAUUGCUUGAAAUCCGCUAAAUAUGCAUGGUCGACUUCCAAAGAAUCAACAAUUAACAAUAAAUAAAACAAUCGAAUUUCUUAAAAUAAAAAGACUUACGUUAUGUUAACGAAUAAACUUCCGAUGGCAAUUAUUACUUAAA